CCAUUCAUACCGUCCGGUGUCAGAGGUCGCUUCCCCUGCCGGCUUUCAUUCGCUCGUCUCUCUUUCUGAAUCCAGCAGUGAUGGCGGAGCAGCAGCAGUUCUACCUCUUACUGAGCAACCUGAUGAGCCCUGACAACACCGUCAGGAAGCAAUCAGAGGAAGCGUACGACACCAUCCCCGGUCAGACGAAGAUCACAUUUUUACUGCAGGCCAUCCGUGAUGCAUCCGCUGCUGAGGAGGUUAAACAGAUGGCAGCUGUUCUGCUGCGGCGUCUGCUGUCCUCGUCUUUCGAGGAGGUCUAUCCCAGUCUGACCAUCGACAUGCAGACGGCCAUCAAGACUGAGCUGCUCACUGGGAUCCAGUCCGACGGUUGCUCCAACAUCCGCAAGAAGGUCUGCGACAUCGCCGCGGAGCUCUCCCGAAAUCUCAUCGAUGAUGACGGCAACAACCAGUGGCCAGAGAUCCUCAAGUUCCUGUUCGAUUCGGUCAACUCUCAGGACGUCGGCCUCAGAGAAGCAGCGCUGCAUAUCUUCUGGAACUUCCCAGGUAUCUUUGGCAAUCAGCAGCAGCAUUACAUGGAAGUGAUCAAGCGCAUGUUGGUUCAGUGUAUGCAGGAUCAGGAAAACCCACAGAUUCGAACCCUGGCUGCACGUGCCGCUGCGUCCUUCAUCCUGUCCAAUGAGGGAAACACAGCUUUGUUGAAACACUUUUCAGACCUUCUUCCCGGGAUCCUACAGGCGGUGAAUGAAUCCUGUUAUGCUGGUGACGACUCCGUGCUGAAGUCAUUGGUGGAAAUUGCAGACACGGCCCCCAAAUACUUGAGACCAAACCUGGAAGCCACUCUCCAACUGAGCCUAAAGCUGUGUGCGGACACCAACCUCACGAACAUGCAGCGGCAGCUGGCUCUGGAAGUCAUUGUCACACUCUCUGAAACUGCUGCUGCAAUGCUGAGAAAACACACCAACAUCGUUGCUCAGAGCGUACCUCAGAUGUUGAGUAUGAUGGUGGAUCUGGAGGAGGAUGAGGAUUGGGCCAUGGCUGAUGAACUAGAAGAUGAUGAUUUUGAUAGUAAUGCCGUGGCGGGUGAGAGCGCUUUGGACAGGAUUGCCUGUGGACUCGGAGGAAAGAUCGUCCUUCCCAUGAUCAAACAGCACAUCAUGCAGAUGUUGCAGAACCCGGAUUGGAAGUACAGGCACGCUGGUCUGAUGGCGCUGUCUGCUAUCGGCGAGGGAUGUCACCAACAGAUGGAGGCCAUUCUGAGUGAGAUCGUCAGCUUCGUUUUGCUCUUCUGUCAGGAUCCUCACCCCAGGGUCCGCUACGCUGCCUGCAACGCUAUUGGACAGAUGGCCACAGACUUCGCCCCCACCUUCCAGAAGAAAUUCCACGACAAGGUGAUCUCAGCGCUCCUGCAGACCAUGGAGGAUCAGUCGAACCCUCGGGUCCAGGCCCACGCAGCGGCCGCCCUCAUCAACUUCACAGAGGACUGUCCCAAAACCCUCCUCAUCCCCUAUCUGGACAGCCUCGUCCAACACCUCCACGUCAUCAUGGUCGGCAAACUCCAGGAGCUGAUCCAGAAAGGCACUAAACUGGUUCUGGAGCAGGUUGUGACGUCCAUCGCGUCAGUGGCUGAUACCGCAGAGGAGAAGUUUGUGCCCUACUACGACCUGUUCAUGCCCUCCCUCAAACACAUCGUGGAGAACGCCGUCCAGAAGGAGCUCCGGCUGCUCCGGGGAAAGACCAUCGAGUGCAUCAGCCUGAUCGGCCUGGCUGUGGGCAAAGACAAGUUCAUGCCGGAUGCUUCAGCUGUGAUGCAGCUCCUCCUGAAGACACAGACUGACUUCAACGACCUAGAGGAUGAUGACCCACAGAUCUCCUACAUGAUCUCGGCAUGGGCGCGCAUGUGUAAGAUCCUGGGGAAGGAGUUUCAGCAGUACCUGCCUGUGGUGAUGGGUCCGCUGAUGAAGACGGCCUCCAUCAAACCUGAAGUGGCUCUGCUUGAUACUCAGGACAUGGAGAACAUGUCUGAAGAUGAUGGAUGGGAGUUUGUGAAUCUUGGAGACCAGCAGAGUUUUGGCAUCAAGACCGCAGGACUGGAGGAGAAGGCCACGGCGUGCCAGAUGCUGGUGUGUUAUGCUAAAGAGCUGAAGGAAGGUUUCGUCGAAUAUACGGAGCAAGUCGUCAAGCUGAUGGUCCCUCUGCUCAAGUUCUAUUUUCAUGAUGGUGUGCGAGUGGCGGCCGCCGAGUCCAUGCCUCUUCUGCUGGAGUGCGCUCGCGUCCGAGGCCCAGAAUACCUCACUCAGAUGUGGCACUUCAUGUGUGACGCCCUCAUCAAAGCCAUCGGCACCGAACCCGACUCGGACGUGCUGUCAGAAAUCAUGCACUCGUUUGCUAAGUGUGUCGAGCUGAUGGGAGACGGGUGCCUGAACAAUGAGCACUUUGAGGAGCUGGGAGGCAUUUUGAAAGGCAAACUAGAGGAGCAUUUUAAAAACCAGGAGGUCAGACAAGCCAAACGACAGGAUGAAGACUAUGAUGAGCAGGUUGAGGAGACGUUACAAGAUGAGGAUGAGAAUGACGUUUACAUCCUGACCAAGGUGUCGGACAUCCUGCACUCGAUCUUCAGCAGUUACAGAGAGAAGGUUCUGCCGUGGUUCGAGCAGCUGCUGCAGCUCAUCGUCAAUCUGAUCUGUCCACACAGGCCCUGGGCCGACAGACAGUGGGGUCUGUGCAUAUUCGAUGACAUAGUGGAGCACUGCAGUCCAUCUUCCUUUAAAUACGCCGAGUGCUUCCUGCGGCCCAUGAUGCAGUCGCUGUGUGACACGAGCCCGGAGGUCCGGCAGGCGGCCGCUUACGGUGUCGGGGUCAUGGCUCAGUUUGGAGGAGAGAACUACAGGCCUGCGUUCACAGAGGCCGUCCCGCUGCUUGUGGGUGUGAUCCAGUCUGCAGACUCCAGAGUUAAAGAAAACGUCAACGCCACCGAGAACUGCAUCUCUGCUGUGGCCAAAGUCAUGAAGUACCGCCCAGAGUGCGUCAACGUCACUGAAGUCCUCCCUCAUUGGCUGUCCUGGCUGCCACUCAACGAGGAUAAAGAGGAGGCGGUCCACACGUUUAACUAUCUCUGUGACCUCAUUGAAAGUAACAAUCCCAUUGUUCUUGGACCUGAUAAUACAAACCUUCCCAAGAUUUUCACCAUAAUCGCUGACGGCGUUGCCAAUGAAUCGAUUAAAGGUGAUGGCGACUGCAGCAAACGGUUGGCCAAUGUUAUUCGUCAAGUACAAGUUUCUGGAGGCCUCUGGACGCAGUGUGUAUCAGCCCUCAAUGAGACUCAGCAGAAGGCCAUCCAGGACCUCCUGAACUCGGCCUGAGUGAACGAGCGAAGCCUUAACCCUGUAAAACAGCCCAUCUACUGAGGAUUAAAAAAAACUUUGCACCUGGAAUUCCACAUCUAGAUUUUUGGCCCUUUCCCUUUUUCGAACAAUGAAUGGUCAUGUGACUUGAGUCU